ACAAUGCCGCUGUAUAUUAUCGUAAAUGAUAACUACGUUGCCUGAUUUUCUUUUCGUUGUUUCUGGUCACGUGCUUGUAACGUGACAUUACGAGAAAUCAAUAUUUUGUGUACGGAAAUGGAUUUUCAGACGAUGCGUAUCUAUGGCUCUAUAGCCGUAAUUCUUGGAUGUUUCUUAUUUCUAUAUCCAAAGUUAUUGCAUCCUAUUGUUAUGAGUUUAUUCGGCUUGAAUUCCUCACCGAAAGAAAGUAAAGCUGACGAUUUUGUUCCUCCAGCUUUGAGAGACAGACAGAUGGGUGGUGCUCAUCCUGGGGGCGGAGAUCUUCCUGAACAUAUCAGGAAAAUGAGACAGGGUCCACAUCCUGGUAUGCGUGCAGCAGCGGCGGAACAAUCAAAACAGACAAAGGGUUCAGGGCGAGGCAUGAUGGGAGUCAUUCUACCGAUGUAUGCUGUCGGUAUUGUUGUUUAUCUGGUCUAUACUCUCUUUAAGGUGUUUGGGAAGAAUGACAAAGGCGGGAACAGAAGAAGCCCAAGUAGAGAGCCGCCGGUUACUACAGGUUAUGAUAGCGGACAGCAAGGAGAUGAGCAAGGUAGAGUAUCGGAGAAGAAAGGCGAGACUUUAACACAACAAGAUUUAAAAUGCCAGCUUGAACAGCUUCAGUCGUUAGCUCACAAUGUCAACAGCAAUGAUAUGAAGGAAAUGGACAUGAGAAAGUUACAAGAGAGAUUGGCGGAGACUGAAGCCCAGAUGACCAAGAUAUUAGCUGCCAUGCAAGCUGUACAGACAAAAGUAGGUGAGACAGCGCCUACUGUGAAUACAGCAAGUGAUAAACCAGAGAAACCAGAGGAGAAUUUAGAGGGAAAGGCAGAGGAAAUGAAGGAGCCUUCCAAUGUGAGUGAUCGUUCCUCGGAGGGGUCUGAGAGUUACGAGAUAGUAAGUAAGUCUGACCGUGAGUCAAGUGGGGAUGAAAACAGUCCAAGAAAAGUAGAAACAUUGACUGGUGAAGCGGAAAAGAAGGAAACUGGGGAACAAGGAGCGGAAGAUGAAGAAUGUCAGGAGGAGGAAGUGAGAGAAGAGAUCCUAAAGGACAAAGAAGAAAAUUCUGGGGAUGAAGCAAAGACAGUUAGAAAACGAAUAACCAAGAAAGAAGAAUCAGAGUCCUGAGAAUGAUCCAAGUUUUAAAUUUGUGAUAUCUGUACAUUUUGUUUAUUUAUUUUUUAGAUAGGGCUAAAAUGUGUCUAAUCUUCAUUGUACAUGUAUGUGCUAAAUUUAUUCUUUAAGGACAUUCUCAAGGGCCUAUUUAGAUGCAGAUUUUAAUUAACUGACUAUCACUUUCAUUUUGAGACUAUCCAUUGAAACUGAGUUUAUUUUUUCAACUGCUUAAGCAUAUAUCUUUUUGGCAAAGUUUUUGCAUUUUUGACCAUUUCUUUAUUCAUUAAAUAUGAAAGUAAUGAAUCUUCUUUUACAAAAUAACAUCCUGUGACAAGCAUACCCUUUCAGAUGGGUCUGAAUAAAGUUCAGUCUUUGUACAUUGGACAUCAGUUUAUCCUCUGGACAUCAGUUGCCGUGCCUGUAUUUUAUUUAGUUUGUUGUGUUUGAGAAUGCAAGGUACAAGGGUUGGUUUACUGAGUUAGUUUUUUUAAAUUAGUUCUUGAAAUACUGUUGAAGAAGAUGGUGUUACUUUUAGCACAUGCACAACCAUCAAAUGAAUUCAGUUAAAUGAUCUACAUUCACAAUACAUGUUGAAAGCAUGGUAAAGAAUGGUAAGUAAUGGGGUUUGUGUCACUUUGUAAAUAAAAAUUACAUUGGUUUUGCAUUCACUUGAAUCUCAUGUUUUUCAUUACACAGUUUUUCAUGUUUCUUAAAUGUUAUGUGAAUUUUAUUUUUAUUGGUAUAUAUGUAAUUGUUCUAUGUUGGUCAUGUUUAUUUUAUAGGGAAUAAUUGUGAACAAGCUGUAGAAUGUGUAAUGUUCAUUACUAUGUGUUCAACUAGUAAUCAGUAGACAUAUAUUGGGGAAAAAUGUGUAUUCAUUUCUCAUCUAUAAAUAGACAGAAUAAACCAUGCUAUAUUUGAAAAUCUGCCUUUUGGCAUAUUAAGGUAUUUCUAUUUGAAAAACCAUAAGUGAUGGCAUAAUGUCAUUUAUCCAGAUAUUGUAAAAUAAAUCCUGGAUUUGGCGUACGGAAAUGAGAAUUAGUUAAUGAAUUUAUGGCAACCUGUGAGUAAAUUUAUUACAAUGUCAACAUUACUAUCUUUCUUAAGUUAGAAUAUAAUAUUAAAAAUUCUGACAUGUUAAAUAAUUCAAAAUAAUGACUUGAAACAUGCGGAUCACUUUAAUCACGGGCAAAUAUCUCAAAAAACAAGCAUAAGGACCUGUACAUUUCAUUCCACCAUAUUAUAUGCCAUAUGUUUAUUGACUGUGAGACAUUUCAUUAAAGUCUACAAUUUAGAAAAAAUUCUAUUCACGAAAAUGUUACGACAAUUGUGAUUUUGCCAUAGACUUGCAUUAUGAAAACUAGCAUAAGGUCCAGAUUUUUCAAAUCGGUCUAGCAAAAAACAAGCACACAGCCCUACCUUUUUUAUUUGCUGAAAAAUGAGUUUUUAUUUUUAGGUAUAUAGAGUAAGUACUCAAAAGAAAUGUUAUCCAGAAUGGUUAUAGUGUUAUUUAAUGAUGCCUUUUAUUAUAAUUGAAUCUCAGAAUUACUUUAUCACAGAAUGGAUAACAUUUUCUGUCUGCUUGGCAGUGUUUUCAAGUACUUAGUCUAUUAAUGUGAGACAUUAUAUUAUUCUAAUUGGAUGACUGCCAUUUUCGAAAUGAUUUAUCUUUAAUUCAUUUGUUAUAAUAUAUGAUUAUAGUAUCAGAUGGUGUAACAGUGUAGAGUUUUAGAGCCAUGACAACAUAAAAUUCCAGCAUGAAACAAUGGUGACAUGAACAUCCAAGCAGGAAUACUGUAACUCAAUGAAUAUUUGCAACCAGUUAAUUUUUUUGCUUUAUUUGCGGAUGGCAGUUAAACGCAAAAAUUAGUUUGCGCAAAUGCCACACAAUUUCACGAACAAAUUGGUGAAAAUAGUUUUCUAAUAAUUUGUUUAAAGUUAACUUCCGUAUUUUAUACAAAACAACAAAACACGUCCCCUUGGAUUCACGAAUCUGGGAUUAUUUUUUUUUGGAAAUGAAGAAAACACUAAAAUGAAUAUUCGCAAAUAUGCCGAAGCUUGGCAAAAAGCGAAAAUUUGUCGUUGCGAAUAUAUAUUUGGUUACAGUAUACUUUUAUUAAACUGAAGCUUAAAUGAAUUUUUAUGUCCAGUUGAUAUUGUAGCAUAUUAUUCGAGUAUUAUUUCACUUUAUGCUUGUAAUGUGUUUUUGUUUAUUUUAUAUUUUUUGUAUUUUUAAUUUGUUUGCAUAAUACAUUAUUUUGCUCAUUUUUUUUAUUGAUGUGCACCUUUUUAUGUUUUUACACCGUGUUGUUUAUUUUGGUAUACACACCUUAUAAAAUUGUAAUACCGGUAGUUUACUUUAAAGAUUACAGGCUACACUUUCCUAUGUAGAGUAAAGCUUUCAAUGUUAUCAUGUACUGUGGUUUGAAAUAUUUUCAAAAUUUAGCAUAGUCUUACUUCUUACAAUUUUACCCUCAAAACUGCAUGGUUUUAAUUUCGGCUGAUGAAAUAUUUGCCAUUUAUGGAAUUUUGCAACCGAACUUCAAUUUCAAUUUUGGUUCAUUUUAUUUUUGCCUUUCAGUACGCUUGACUAUGCAAAUUAUGAACCAUAACCUAAAUUUUCUGAAAUACAGUACUUCAAAAUUGACCGGAUAUCUUUGAUAGAAAAUUAACCAAACAAAAAAUAUACUGUGGGCAUUUAAUUUUGUUGGCAUGUAUAUUUCAUAGAUUUAGCGAAACUGGCUAUUUCCUGCGGAUGUAUAUUCAUGGAUUUCUGCUUUUGAAAAUGAAAUGGAUGGGGAUUUUAUUUUUUAGCGCGGAUUUAAUUUAAGUUAAACACAACCAAAAAAUCCACUCUACUAAAUAAGUUCCCAAUGAAUAUUAAUGAUUUCACAGUGAAAGACAGAAUAUAAAUGCUUGCAUAGAACAUUUUUCUAAUUAAGGGUGUUUCGAGACUUUUGAAACAUGAAUUGGAAAGUUUUAUUUAAGAAAUAAUUUAUAGCAAAACAGUGCUUUAUCACUAUUUAUACACAAUAGGGGGUUAUAUGUCGGGCGUAAAUUAUUUUGGACUACGUAUAACCGCCCGAGUGUAUAAAUAGUGAUAAAGCACUGUUUUCUAUAAAUUAUUUCAAUUCUGAUAUGUUCUUUAAUGCAAAAUUUAUAUCAAAUACGAUGGAACUAAUUCUUCGCGCAAGCAUGGUGCCAAUAGUAGGUCUUUGUUUAUACAUGCCAGGGACGGAAAUGGUAAUACGUCUUGCGGCAGAAUUCAGUUAGGGCGAAAAUUAUUGCGAGUUAUUCAGCAAAGUGAAUAACUAACUCAGUAUGUUUGUAAAUUAAUCAACACAUUUGUUAUUAAGUAAAAUAUUUCAUGAAAUUUGAAAGCACUAUUUCUUGAUGCGUACAUGGCGCUAAAUAUCACGUUGACGCGACAUCAACAUAAUAUCAUUAUAAUGAUUAAAGCAUGGUAAGUCAUAUUAGAAUGUUCUGUAUGUAAGACACCAUGUUGCACAAGCUAGAUAUUCUAACAGCAUUAUUUCUGCCUGAAAUGCUCAGUUUUAUUUUAUACGUAAAACCCUGCAUACAUCAUUUUUGUAUGGUACAUGUUCGGCAUAUUAAAUACUAGUAUGUAUAAGAAAGAAAAUGUGAGAAAUUACCACACAUAAUAGAAAUAUCAUAUAUAUGUGAUAUAUACACAAAUUAAUUUUGGAGAUCAGUCAAAAAAGCGUUCAUGAUCUGAUUGGUUGAUUCUGAUCUCGAGUUUGAAACCGACCAAUGAAACAGAGAUCUCGAGUUUGAAACCGACCAAUGGCAAGGUCCCAUUCAGAGAUUUACCGCUAUAAUUUUGGACCUAGUGCUUUGACAGUAUUAUUUGUUUAGAAAUUGUAGUUAAGAUUUGAAGGAAAUGCUACUAUUCAGCUUUAAAGGUCCAAAAUCAUACUUGUGCAAUACUAUACCAUUUUAGUUCCAUGUUGUAAAUAAUCUGUAUUAUUGUUAUAAUAUUCAUAUAACAUUCUUGAUAUUAUGAAAAUUGAAGUUGUAAAGGAAUAGUAAAUACUUCAAGUCUUAUAGUUCUGUGCUUCCAAAGUAUCUUCUGAUUGGUUCGUGUUAUUAUGUCUCCCCCAGGAGACAUAUUGUUUUUGCCCUGUCCGUCCUUCCGUCCGUCCAUCCGUCCUUACGUCACACUUCAUUUCCGAGCAAUAACUGGAGAACCAUUUGACCUUGAACCUUCAAACUUCAUAGGGUUGUAGGGCUGCUGGAGUAGACGACCCCUAUAGUUUUUUUGGUCACUCCGUCAAAGGUCAAGGUCACAGGGGCCUGAACAUUGAAAACCAUUUCCGAUCAAUAACUAGAGAACCACUUGACCCAGAAUGUUGAAACUUCAUAGGAUGAUUGGUCAUGAAGAGUAGAUGACCCCUAUUGAUUUUGGGGUCACUCCGUCAAAGGUCAAGGUCACAGGGGCCUGAACAUUGAAAACCAUUUCCGAUCAAUAACUAGAGAACCACUUGACCCAGAACGUUGAAACUUCAUAGGAUGAUUGAUCAUGAAGAGUAGAUGACCCCUAUUGAUUUUGGGGUCACUCCGUCAAAGGUCAAGGUCACGGGCCUGAACAUUGAAAACCAUUUUUGAUCAAUAACUAGAGAUCCACUUGACCCAGAAUGUUGAAACUUCAUAGGAUGAUUGUACAUGCAAAGUAGAUGACCCCUAUCGAUUUUGGGGUCACUCCAUUAAAGGUCAAGGUCACAGGAGCCUGAACAUUGAAAACCAUUUCCGGUCAGUAACUUGAGAACCACUUGACCCAGAAUGUUGAAACUUAAUAGGAUGAUUGGUCAUGCAGAGUAGAUGACCCCUAUUGAUUUUGAGGUCAAUCUGUGAAAGGUCAAGGUCACAGGGGUCCGAACAUUGAAAACCAUUUCCAGUCAGUAACUUGAGAACCACUUGACCCAGAAUGAUGAAACUUCAUAGGAUGAUUGGUCAUGCAGAGUAGAUGACCCCUAACGAUUUUAGGGUCACUCUGUAAAAGGUCAAGGCCACAGGGACCUGAACAUGGAAAACCAUUUCCAAUCAAUAACUUGAGAACCACUUGACCUACAAUGUUGAAACUUAAUAGGGUGAUUGGACAUGCAGAGUAGAUGACCCCUAUUUAUUUUGAGGUCACUUCAUCAAAGGUCAAGGUCACAGGAGCCUGAACAGUGACUUGAGAACCACUAGGCCAAGAGUGUUGAAAUUUAGCGGGAUGACUGGACAUGCCAAGUAGAUGAUCCCUGUUGCAGCCAACCAUCAGUGUCUCUUUGACUUUCGCUCCUGACCCCUAUUGACUUCCUGCCUAUAGGACUUUGCAUUGGGGGAGACAUGCGCUUUUUU